ACUAUAUUCACUCUCGCGAUAAUGGUUCUUAGAAUAGCGAUGCAUGUUGGGUAGUUCCUCCUUUCUCUCGAGGCCAUAGUUUGAGUUGCAAGCCGGUGGGUCACAAGGGACCAAACCGCAAACAUGGUGUCCACAAAGAAAACGAAAAAGUCCCUGGAGUCGAUUAACUCCCGGCUCCAGCUGGUGAUGAAGAGCGGUAAAUACGUGUUGGGCUACAAACAGGCGGUGAAGAUGAUCACACAGGGCAAAGCCAAGCUGAUUAUCCUGGCCAAUAACUGCCCUGCGCUGAGGAAAUCUGAAGUUGAGUACUACGCUAUGCUGGCCAAGACUGGUGUUCACCAUUACAGUGGGAAUAACAUUGAGCUUGGCACAGCCUGUGGUAAAUACUUCAGAGUAUGCACCCUGGCCAUCGUUGACCCUGGUGAUUCUGACAUCAUCAGGAGCAUGCCAGACCAGCAGCAGGCCGAAAAGUGAAGUCUUUCUCUUUUUUAUAAAUAAAUCUGCUGAACAAA